GCCACCGACCUGGCUCUGCUGAUCUCUCGCAUGCAGAAGAACGCAGACCAGGUGGAGAAGAACAUCCUGCACUCAGAGGAGCUGCUGGCUUUGGACUCGGAGCGCGAGGGGAAGAAUCAGCAGCUGAUCCACCAGAAGGAGAACGCGGACAACCUGGCGGAGGCCGAGGGGCUGCUGAAGGAUCUGUUCAUGGACGUGGACAAAUCCAAGAGGCUGCAGCACCCGCAGGCCACCGAGAUAGAGAAGGAUGUGAGAAACCUGCAUGACCGCUGGGGGAGGGACUGCGCCGCCUACAGGGAACUGUAUGACCAGGUGCAAGACCUGGAGCUGGCGCAGAAGAUCGGCUGGGGUCCUCUGCUGGAUGAAAAACUGAGGCAGUUGAAGGCGGAGACAUAUGGCCCCAAGCUGUUCGAUGUGGAGAAGCAGAUUGCAGAACACAACAUCCUGCACCAGGAGAUCGAGGCCUACAGCUCCCAGCUGCAGCCCAGCACCACCACCUCCCAGGAGCAGUACGUCGCCCUCAAAGAGAAAUAUGCCAAACUUUUCGAGAGCUCCCAGCACAGGCGCAGCAACCUGGCCUCUCUGUACGAGUACCUGCAGAGCUGCAGCAAGGAGCUGGUCUACCUGUCGGGCCAGCAGGAGAGGAUCCUCCAGAGAGACUGGAGCGAUUGCAUGGUCGACCCCCCAGGUGUCCGCAUGGAGUACGAGAAAUUCAAAAAUAACGGACUGAUAGCACAUGAGCGUGAAGUCAACCAGCUGCAGGUGGAGGGAGAUCGUCUGAUUGAAAUGGAUCACCCUGGCACCCCAACAGUAAAGACUCACGUAGAUGCCGUGCAGGCUGAGUGGCAAGCCUUUCUCAACCUGUGUCUAGCCCAGGAGAGACACCUGGACAACAUUGAAGACUACAGGAAGUUCCAGCUGGAUGCAGAGACGCUGUCUGACUCCCUGGAGAGACUCAACUCCACUCUGGACCCGAGGUCUCUGGCCAACAAGAGCAACCCUGAAGUCCUGUUGGAACUGGAGGGCGAUGAACCAGCCGUGAAGAGGAACGAGCAGCGCCUGGCCGCCCUCAGGGAGCUCAGCAGCAACGUUGUCCCUCUGAAGCUGCGACGAACGAAUCCCACCAGACUCACCACUGCAGUGUCUCUGUGUGACUGGGCUGAUGAGGAGGGCACAGUGAGACGUGGUGAGACGCUCACCCUAAAGUCCAACUCUGAUAACAAGGACUGGAAGCUUCAGAACAGCGGUGGGAGGAUCGUAACCCUCCCUGGGGCGUGUUUCAUGGUCCCACCGCCUGAUGCUGAGGCCUUGGAGAAAGUAAACAGCCUGGACAGAGCACUGACUGACCUCAAGAACCGCAGAUCUGCACUGAUGUCGUCCUUGAAGAGCCAAAAUGUGGAGGUGAUCCGCCCUCAGAGGGCAGCCGCUGCACACAGUGCCCCGGAAGAUCCCAGAGCUGCAGAGAUAGCUAAUGAACUAGACAAGACCAACAAAGCCCUGGAGCAGAUUGAAAAAGAAAUCCUGAGUCGGCUGAGGGCCCCGCUAGACAACCGCAGCCCCACGCAAGACCUGGCGAAAAGGCUGCAAGAGCAGGAGAAAUCUGCUUUGGCGGUGAAGAAGCUGGAGUCUGAGAAGUUUGGACUUCAGAAAGAGAUGGAGCCGAUUCUGGCCAAGAAACCCCUGGGACCCACCGCCUCGACCCUGCCUGUCAAACUCAGCGCUGCCAAUAAUAAAAUCGACGACAUCAACACCAUCAUUGAUGUUUAUAAUAAAAAAGCUACAGCUUCCAUGUUCCUGGAAAAACAAAUGCACAAUGUGGAAGGUGUUGUUUCCGGGUUUGAGGACCAGCUGGCCAAAGAUGGCACCAUUCUUCAUCAACCUAAUGGCCUCCAGAGCCGCAACCAGCAGCUGCAGGUGAUGCGUAAGGAUGUCGCCUCAAAGAAAGAUGCGUUGAAUCAGUUAGGCAGAGACUUGGACCUGACUGAGCAGGCGUGCAGCUCCCUGCAGAAGGGUUUUAAUGAAUACUGUCCUGACAUCCGCCGCCAAGAGAACGAGGUGAAACAUCUGAAGAACCGUUUCACAAAUGUCAAUAAUCAGCUCCAGGAGAGGUCCGCUCUCAUAAAGGAAGCAAACAAUAAAAACCAAGAUUUCCAGAAUGCUGUUCAGUCACUGGAUUUCUUCUUGGUCAAUUUGCCCAAUAACAAGAUCAAACCCACUGAUAGUGUGGCGCAGAUAACAGCUAAGCAGAACUCUCAGAAGAAAGUGAUUGAGGACAUCAGGAAGAAAUCAGGUGAUUUAGACCGAGUCAAGGAUCUUUCCCGUGAACUGCAGAGUGUCUUAAAUGAGUAUGAGGUUAAGUCAAAAACUUACCGCAGCACUCUGAAGGAUGACGACGACGAUGACGACGAUGACGAGGAGGAGGAACCAGUUCUAAAGCGACGUCAAACUUCAACUAUGGCUCAGGAUGUACAGAGAAAGGAGAAAAAUCUACUGAACCUUUUCUCUGAGGUGUCUGCAGAGAACAACCAGCUACUCAGCCAGUUGGGGACGGCGAAGAAUAUAAUGGCCAGGAAUGAAGAGAAAGUCAGUCAGGUAGUUGUCAAUCAGCAGCUGCAGCUACAGAGCCAGAGGAAGGACGUGGAGGAAAGCGAUAUCCUGAAAAAGGAAUUAAGUGAGGAGGUUGCUAGACGCUUACAUGCUGAGAAAGACCUGGAAACAUACCGCAUGAGGUUUGUCUCUCUGAGGGGCAGGAGAGGAGUGGAGAGGUUGGAGGAGAAGGAGGUGGUGCAGUACUACCGUGACCCCAAGGUGGAGGUGGAAUUGCAGUCCCUGAAAAAGCGCAUCCAGGAGGAAUCACUGAAGAGGUCAAGAACCAACUCAGAGAUAGAAAUCAUGAAUGAGAAAGUUCUCAAACUGGAAACACAGCUGAUCAGAAUCGAACCUAGACUGGUGACCAAGGUACUGACUGAAUACGAGAGAGACCCGCAGCUUGAUAAAGAGGCAGCCAAGAUUAGAGAUGAGAUGCAGAGGAUAAGACUGGAGCUCCAAACGAGAGAUACUGAGACAGUCCAUGUGAAAACUGAGCUCACGGUCCUGGCUCAGCAGCAACCUAAAAUCAAGCAGAGGGUUGUUAAGAAGGAAGUGGUGAGACUUCAAAAGGAUCCAGAGAUGCUGAAGGCUGUUUUCACGUUCCAGGGUGACAUUGCGGAGGAAGAGUCCCGGUGCAAGUCCCUCAAUGAUAACAUUUUCAGCACAAGGAGCCAGAUAAACACACUGGAAAGGGUCAUUCCCACCAUCCAACCCAAGGUAGUCACCAAGGUGGUGAAGCAAGUCCAGCAAGACCCAGAAUUGCUUGAAGAGUCCAAGAAACUACGAAUCGCCUUGGAAGAGGAGAAAGAUGAGAACGCUAUCCUGAUGAAGGACUUGACCACCCUUCAGCUGCGUUAUAGUGAAGUGGAUAAGCUCAGGCAGAAAGUCGAGGUCCAGGAAAUCGUCAAUGAGAUCUACAGAAUUGAUCCUGAGACGGAAUUAGAGCUUUUACGUCUUAAGAAGGAGCUGCAGGAUUCUGUCCGACACCGUACAGACCUGGAAAAAGACAUCAGCACGGUGACAACCAGUUUAACUACUCUGCGCCUUCAGAAACCCAAAGUGGAGUACAAGGAGGUGACGAAGGAGAUGAUCAAGGAAGAGAAAAGCCCGGAGGUCGUCAGGGAAUUGCAAAGGCUGAAGAACCAAGUCUCCAGACUGCAAGUCAACUACGACACCAUCCUGGAGCUGCUAACCCGCCUACGUAUAGAGAGAGAUGAGCUGAAAGUUGAGAAAUCCAAAGUGGAGACAAGGCUAGUGAAUAAAGAGGUCAUCAAAUAUGAGAACGAUCCUCUUCUGGAGAAAGAGGCUGACAGACUUCGGAGGAACGUAAGAGAAGAGAUUCAGCAGCGUCGCAGUGUGGAGGAGUUUCUCUUUGACCUCCAGAACAAAUUCAUUACGCUUGAAAGACAAAAGCCAGAGGAGAAGAUCAUAAUGCAGGACGUGGUACGUCUUCAGAAGGAUCCUAAGCAGAUCCUGGAGCAUGAGAAAUUGAACAGGACCCUGGAUGAAGAAAUUAAAGCCCGUAGGAAGCUUGAGUUAGAAGUCAGACAUCUUAGAUCCCUGGUUGUAGAGAGAGAGAAUACCCUGGCUCAGAUGGAUGAUCGUCAGAGGAAGAUUCAAAUAGAAUCAGAGCUCAGGCAGGUCAGAUCUCGCAUUUAUGAACUGGAAAACAAUCCAACGCCUGUUGAGGAAAGGAUCGUCAUCGAGGAGGUCCUGAAAGUGGAGAGGGAUCCAAAGCUGGAGAGACUAACUGAUGGUAUUCGUGUUGACAUGGAGACCGAAGGUGACAAUAUCAAUCGUCUAGAGAGAGAAAUCCGUAACCUGAGGGUCAAACUGGAGAUUCUGCAAAAGGAAAAGUCUAUCGAGAAGGUUGUUUACAGAGAAGUUGUUCGUGUAGAGAAAGACCCAGCAGUGGAGGCUGAAAGGGAACAUCUAAGGGAGCUGGUAACACAGGAGAGAAAUCACAGGCGGAACCAGGAAGAUGGGAUUCAGAACAUCAGCAUCAAAAUUUCCCAUCUGCAGACAUCAAAGUCUGUGACCUCUCAUGAGGAGAAUACACUCAUCAGUAGCAGAGAUCUUCUGCAGAGAGAGAAAGAGGAUCUCCUCAGCCAGCUCAAAAUGCUAGAGUCGCAAAGACAGAACAUCAGCAUUACCUUCCAGCAGCAGUCCAAGAUAAUGAGUGAGAGAAACCAGAUGGCACGGCAAAGGAGUCUCAAGACAUCCACUGAAAUUCAAAGGCUGGAGAAAGCGAUCCUGAAUGAAAAAGACCAAAUACAACAGAAAGAGAUAGUCAUCAUUGAGCUGCAGAGCAACAUCAAGAAAGAGGACCAGAAUGAAACUCACACCAGAGAGACAAAUCUUUCCACGAAGAUCACCAUCCUGGAUCCAGAAACCGGUAAAGACAUGUCUCCCUAUGAGGCCUAUGUGCAGGGGCUAAUUGCUCGCAACCAGUAUAUCCACCUGUCAGAGUUGGAGUGUGACUGGGAGGAGAUCAGUUCAACUGGUCCAGAUGGGGAUAUAACAAUUCUGCAGGAUCGCAAGAGCGGGAAGCAGUACUCUGUCAAGGACGCUCUUAGAGAUGGUCGCUUGACUCAGUACGACGUGACCCGCUACAAGGAAGGGAAAAUGCCCAUUUCUGAGUUUGCCCUCCUUGUCGCAGGAGAAACCAGAAAGCCCUACGUUCCUCCAUUAACAACCCCAAGAUCACCCACCAAACCCAUCCCAACCUCUCCCUUGAACUCCAUGUCAACCUCUCUGAGGUCCUCCUACACCAACCUCAACACUCACCUCAGCGGCAGUUCAAACAGCCUCAAUGCUUCAGGCGAUGAGCAUUUCCCAAUCUCUGGUAUUUACGACAACACCACUGAAAGCCGCAUGUCCGUCAGAAGUGCUCUCACCCGCAAACUCAUUGAUACCGAUACAGCUUUUAGGUUGCUUGAGGCACAGGCAGCCUCCGGUGGAAUUGUUGAUAUCGCCAAAAAGGACAAAUUUUCUGUCCAUAAGGCAGCUGAAUAUGGUCUCAUUGAUACAGCUCACAUGUAUAAACUCCUGAAUGCCCAGAAAGCCUUCACUGGAGUCGAGGAUCCUGUGACCAAAGACCGUCUCGCAGUAGGUCUGGCAGCGCAGAAAGGAUAUAUCCCCAGAGAAAAUGCCAGAAGGUACAUGGAGGCGCAGUACCUGACCGGCGGGUUGGUGAAUCCCGCUAAAGCAGGUCGCCUCACUGUCGAAGAAGCUCUCGCCGCCAAACUAAUUGACAGCGCAACACUCAGUCAUCUGCAAGACGAGGCUUCCCACACAAAAGAGCUGGUAGACCCCAUCACCAAAGAGAAGAUAACAUACAAGCAGGCAAUGGAUCGGUGUAAGAGAGACAUCAGCACAGGGCUCCUGCUGCUUCCUGUGGCCUCCACCGAUGCCACAAAUGCUCCAUCGUACUCAAACUAUCGGUUCAGCUCUUACAACAAUCUUUAGAUGUGUGGUUUAAGGUGUGCCGCGCAUUUUCCCUUUAGCCACUGGUGCUGGAGGGUGUACGCUAAUUGAUACACGUAAAGGAAUAAAUGAAAAGUGGAUAUGUUCGUACACUAAUACAUUGUGAAAACAAUGGGGGGAAGAAAAAACCUUAAUUUUUUGGUGGGACUGUACAUGUGGAUCUACUUCUUGUUUUGGGGCUAUUUGUGGGUCAGCUGUAAAAAUGAGGGUAAUGUUUAUUUUUUAUGGGAUAUUGUUUAUUCAGCAUUCUCUAACUGAAUCCUUCACAAGUGCUUAUUAAACUCCACAAACUUAA